AUGUUUUCAAAAGAAGAGCCUUGUGAUGUACCUACUGACAGCUUUUGGGAGAUUGAUUCUUAUAAAAGAGUUGUUAAAAGAUCUGAAGAUGGUUUAUUGCUGUGCAAUGAUUUAAUGAAGAUGAUUCAGGAACGUGCUGAAAUUGAAUUAAAGUAUUCUAAUAAAUUGAAAGUUUGGUCCAAAAAAUGGGUUGAAAACAUUGACAAAAGUACUGACUACGGAACAAACAAAUCCGUUUUGAUAAACUCUAUGAACGAAGCAGAGUGUUUGGCAAAUAUUCAUUCUGAAAUGAAGGAUAGUUUACUAGAAGUUGUCAACAAUGUUAAAAAAUGGAGAAACGAAACAUACACUAAAACAAUGGUUGGGGUUUGCAAAGAAGUGAAACAGUUUGAAGAUGAUUUUAAAAAGGCUCAGAAACCGUGGGCUAAACAUAUGAACAAAUUUUUAAAAUACAAGAAAGAAUAUGAAUCGAACGUUAAAAAUGAAAAGAUCCUCAAAAAUUCUUUAGCUCAAUCAACUGACGAGGAUAAAAAAUUAAAUGAAAGAUUAGAAAAAUGUAAAAAAGAAAACGAAAACAUAAUUGAUAAACUGGAAGCAAUACAAAAAGAUUUAGACUCUUACAAACCUAUCUACAUUGCUGAUAUGACGGAGGUCUUUGAAAAGACGCAAGAUUUUGAGGAGAAGCGUCUCAUCAUGUUCAAAAACACUCUUAUUAACAUGCACAAAUGUUUAGAUAUAUCUCAAAAUGACAAGAUACCUAUAAUCUACAUCCGCUGGAGGAAGUCCAUUGAAACGUCUGAUGCCAAAAAGGAUUUAAAAUGGUGGUCUCACAUUUAUGGUCCGGAUAUGAGCAUGAAUUGGCCAAUUAUACCGAGCAAAUAUAAUGUCAAGUUGAAUCCAUUCAUGGAUGAGGACGACGAAGCUCCUGAGAAUAUUUCAACGACACAAUUGCCACCCAAGGACGAAACUCCCUCAAAAAAGAUUUCUUACGAUCCAGAGUUGAAUCCAUUUGAAGAACCAAUGGAAUCGGCAGAUCACAGUUCAAAUGCAUCAAGCAGCGCUAUGGUGAUUGCAGUAUAUGAUUACAUUGCUCAAGAAGCCGACGAAUUGACUUUAACAAAAGGAGAUGUUUUUGAAAAGCUGUCGGAGAAAGAUGAUCAAGGAUGGUGCACGGGCAGCAAAGACGGAAAAAUCGGUUUAUAUCCUGAAAAAUAUGCCAAACCAUUUGAAUCCACGUGA